CAGAUUGGGUUAACCCCAUUAUUCAAAAUCAGUGACUUCACAAGUUGAGCCUCAAGAUGACCCAACAGUGUCGAUGCCGCCGGACAAACCCACAUACAUCAAGCAAAUCACUGGAAUAGAGUCUUGUACAGAUUGCUUCAAUUGCUAUACAUCGACGAGGCAUUUUUAUUCCGGGAAUUUCAAAUUUCACUCGAUUUUCCCAGUUGGCACCUUCUAAAUUAUUUCUAAGUUUUUGUAGGAGGAAAAAAGAGACAUCAAGAUGCCCCGCUCUUUAAUUUCCGGUUUGCCGAGGAUCAUCUUCAGGGCGAACCAUGACACUGCCACUUUUACAAGCGAGUAUCUAGUUCGUAUUAAAUCACUGGUUGGAACCAUUUCGACUUCCCCUUGCUCAGUAGAAAACACGACGAUUACAUAUUAUUCGAGUCAUUUUGAACGUGUAAACAAGCUAUAUCCUUAUUUGGAGAAAUAUGGCCCCAAUUUGUCAUCUGGAGCUAACCUGUUCAAUUCCUUGUGUAUAACAAGACCAUAUCUUUUGGGACCUCAUAGUGUGACCAUGGUAAGGGGAUAUGCUAGACACGCAACUAUUGCACCAAUAGAUCUGAAUACAGAUGGACACGUUAUCAGAUUUAACAUCGGGAAUCAGAGUCCCGAAGGAGCACCUUCAAGGAAAGUGAAAGUAGACAAAAGAAAAUCCGAAUUGUCGAGAAAGGCAAAACUCAAUGAACUUAGGUUUUAUCGACUGAAAGCGAAGAAGAAAAUGAAUUCUCCCAAUCCUGAUGUUAGAAUAAGAUACAAGCUUGAAAAGGCAAAGAGAAAAGAAGCAUGGUUGAUUGAGAAACUGAGGAAAUAUGAUCUGCCCAAAGCACCACCCGAGACCUACGAUCCCGAAAUAUUGACUGAGGAAGAAAAGUUUUACCUCAAGCGAACGGGAGAGAGAAAGAAACACUAUGUUCCAGUCGGUAGACGAGGUGUAUUUGGAGGUGUUGUUCUCAAUAUGCAUCUCCAUUGGAAGAAUCAUGAGACGGUGAAAGUCGUCUGCAGACCAUGCAAGCCUGGGCAGGUGCAUCAAUACGCAGAGGAACUUGCUAGGUUAAGCAAAGGCAUCGUUAUCGACAUAAAGCCAAACAAUGUGAUAAUAUUCUACAGGGGCAAAAAUUAUGUCCAACCUGACGUCAUAUCGCCUGCAAAUACUCUGUCCAAAGCAAAGGCUCUGGAGAAAUAUAGACAUGAGCAAUCACUGGAGCAUACAAGCCUGUUCAUUGAGAAGUUGGAGAAUGAACUGGAAGAAUAUCAUGACCAUCUUGCUCGGUAUAAGAAAGAGAAAAGAAUCUGCACUAGGGAGGAAGAAUUGGAGUUCGUUUAUUUCACCUCUGUUUAUCUUCACAUGUCAGGCAAGACUUAAUACUCUGCGUUAAUUACAAACACUGCUACCCCUGUUCAGCCAAGUACGGCAUGAACCAAUUAUCGCUAUAAACUGCAAUAACCAUGACUUUUUUUGCUCUUUAUCGAUUGGAUGGAGUAUAUGCUAGAUAGAUACAUGCCCAAAAGCGGUGUUUGGUACACCUGAAGGGCUUGUUCAUUAUUUUGAAAGAUAAAUGUGGCUUUUUUUUCUUUUUUUUUGUUGGGUUUUUUUAGAAUUUUGAAAUUUCGUAUUUCCAGGGUCCUUUAUACCAGCAACGGCCAUACCUAUCACCGUGGGCAGUAUUACGUAAAAAUGCCAAAAUUUCCACAGAAAAUAAAAAAACACGGAGUUAUGCUCCGAUCUCCAUGAGAGGCGAUGGAAAUGAUGGCUUUGGUGAUGUGGGCUGAACUUUUUAGAAUCCAUUUUUUGUGCAAAUAUUCAUUCGAGCAUCCACUUUGUCGAGAUUAGCCGGAAAGAUCAUACACUACUCUCGAUUAUAUGGGUUAUUUGCUUUUGCUUCGGUUUUUGUCUUUACUAGAAGCUGUUCUUGGGGAGAUAUCUAUAUAUGAAUCAAGAUUAUAAUUCUUGCUUGUUGGUGAAGGAUGCUUGUUUCAUGUCUGUUUUGUUAGAAUGAGAUAUUUGAGAUAUUUGUACUACUGCGUAGUUACGAACUAUGUUUGUGACACAACUAGUCAGUAGUCCUAGUAGUCUUGUGCUGCUAUUUCUUUGUUUUUUCAUGAUUGAAAAUUUGGUGACUGCAAGGUUUGAAGUCAAAAGCAUACGGAUGUAUUUGAAUGUUUGAUUGUUAUCUUUGUUUAGAGAAUCUGGUGACUGCAUGGCUACCCAUUG